AUGGCAAGUUUACUUGAACAAUUGCCUCCAUUUGGUGAUAAUAAUGAUAUUGAAAAUAAUAUUCCAAAAAGUUUUUUAAAUGUUCUUCAAGAACUUUAUCAUGAUGGUCGUUUGACAUCAUGGAAAGUUCGAGGACGAGGAGAUGUUCUUUCUGUUCGUUUAACAUGGUUGGAUCCGAAUCAUCGAAAUGCAUCUGAUCUCGAUGAACUUGACGAGGAUGCCGGUUAUGGAACCUUUCCAACAAGUGAUUCGAAGGACUCUGGUUCUGUCAUUUCUUAUGUUACUUAUGAUAAAAAUGUGAAACGUGAAUUAAAAGAAUAUUCUACACGAUUACAUUUAAUUGUCGAUAAAUUACAAGCUGAUUUAGCUGAACGUAAUAUACAUAACAAUCAUCGUACAGUAAAAGGAAAAAUUACAACUAUGAUUCGACGAGGCGGUAAAGAAAGUCUCAAAGCUCAUCAACAACAAAUUGCAACUGAAAUAGGACGUGCUCGUGUAGCUGUUAGUGGUCCUCUUCGACGUUCAAAUGUAAAAUCAAAUGUAACACAUGAAAGAGACUUACAUAAUUUAUUAGUACAACAAACAGAAGAAGUUCUUCAAACAAAUUUACAAAAUUUUCGUAAAACAUUAACAGCACCAAAUUCAUCUAUAACUGCAAGUAAUUUCGAUCAAAAAUUAGGACAAACUAUUUUUGAUAAGUGUGUAAGCAAAGAAAUCUUUCAAGAACUACCUGACGUUAUCGAUUCGUCAGCACUGCCACUAAAAUUGCAACCACAAUCAUCAAAUACAUCAUCGUUAACAUCACUUACAAAACCGUCAUCGUUUCAACCAACUUGGAGUAAUUCAUCACCACGAACACCGAGCACAUCUUGGGAGAUUAAAUCUCGUAACGAUAAUAUUCAUAAAAUAAGCAUACCAAAAAAUUCAGCUGUCAACGAAGAAGAAGAUACUGAAAAAGAAGAAGACGAAGAACGAGAGCAACGAAUACAGAGUAUCAAUAAAACUCAACCUCUAACAAUAACAGACAGUAUUGAGUUUGAUAAUGGUCUUAAAUUAGAUUUAAGUUCAAUUGAUGACGAAACAUCUAAUCCAAAAAAUAAUCGCCAUUCUCUUGAUUCUGAUUAUGAAGCAAUUAACAGAUCAUUUUCACGUGUUGGUGCCUGGAAAACGAAUUUUACUUUAAUUGAAUCAAAGCCUUCGUCACAUUCAGGUGAAGAAACACCACGUAGUAAUCGUGAAGCUGUUUUCUUAACUAUUCCAAUCGCUGAUGAUAAAAACUUAAGUCCACGCAUUGGUGAUAAACCUCUUGAAGAUCUUGCUGAUGAUGAUUUAUAUGCUGAUGAUGAAUCAUCAUCAUAUCCCAUACCAAUAAAUACAGCAACAAUUGGUGAUCAUUCACAAAUAAGUGAUAACGAGUCAACGAAUAUUCGUAAAUUUUUUCCAUUUCCAGCUAAUCUUCUUUUACAAAAUCAUUCAUCGUGUUCAUUUCGACGACCAUCUUAUAUAUAUGAGUCUGAUAAUGAAUCAAUAACAUCAUCAACUCCAAGUUUAACUGAAAUGAAAACAUUUAGUGAUGAAGACAAAUUUCGUAUGGAUCCAAAUAUAAAGGAUCCAAAAUUUAUUUUAAGACCAAAAGAUACAACAACACGUAAUGGUGAAACAGCAAAAUUUAAAGUCAAAGUUAUUGGUACACCACCAAUUGAUGUCUUUUGGUUUCGUUUUGGUACUGAUGAUGAACUUGUUAACGAUGAAAAAUAUCAAUUAAGUUAUGAUGAUACAUAUCAUUACUUAAAAAUUUAUUCAACAAAUAAAGAUGAUCAAGGUGCUUAUUUAUGUGUUAUUGCUAAUGAUAACGCACAAAAUGUUGAUAUGGUUAAAUUAUUUGUUAAAGAUAAUAAACGAUCAUUUGGUCCACCGAAAAUUCUUCAAGAAUUUUCUGAUACAGAUGUUAAUGAAGGCUCUUCAUUAGCAUUAAAAUGUCAACUUGAUCAAGGUUAUCCAAAAGCAAGAGUUUUAUGGUAUAAAGAAAACUCUUUGAUUAAACCCAAUGGACAUUAUAGAUUAUAUUAUUAUGGUAAUGGACAACAUACAUUACAUGUCGAUGAAACAACAAUCGAAGAUGACAAUGGGACAUUUACGUGCUUGGCACUUAAUGCUGCUGGUCGUGUGCAAAUUACAGCCGACGUGUUUGUUCACGAAAAAGAAGUUAUUGACAUACCAAAAGACUCACCAACAGUUAAACAUCAUGAAAUAACAUUGAGAAAAAAAAAAGUAGAUCAAGAAAACUCAAAUAUGGAUCAUGAUAAAGAUGAACCACCAGUAAUGUCACCACCUAUGUCACCUUUAAAAAGAAAUGAUCUAAGUGAUAAUGAAGAACAAGAUAGUGCAAGACGUUUCAUGGAUAAAUUUAACAAUGAUCGAUCAAGUAGAUUACUUGAAAACUGGCGAGAUCUUUAUGAGGCAAGUGUUCAUUCAUUACAAUCAGAUGAUGAUGAAUCGAAGUCUCUAACACAACCACCAUUUUAUCUUAAUAGACAACCCUCAAUUGAAAAUGCUCCAAAAGAAAAUCCUCGUUCACCAACUUUACAACCUCAAUCAGAUUCUAAUGCAACAAGAUCUAAAUGGGCAGUACGUCUACCUGAAUUGCUUAAUAGUACUGUUGGCCCAGAUCGUCCAAAACGUGAUCUUUCUCGACGACAUACAACUACUAUUGUUUUACAACCGGAGCAAAAACAACAGCAACGACCAUCUGUGUCUACUUCACAAUAUAAAAAUUUAAAUCCACUUUCACAAUCUUUUCCUGCACCUGAAAUGUCAAAUGAUAUUGAAGAUGAUCGUCCAUCAAGUCCACUUGUUAAACAUUUAAGACAAAAAUUUGAUCGAAUGACAACAAAUAAUUUAACAAAUGAUCAUAGUAGAGUCCAAUCUCAAUCACAAACUGGUCUAUCAAAAAUUCAUCGAGUAGGAAAUGAUGAAGGAGAUGGUGCUUAUCCGCUUUUACCGGUCGCCAGUCUUACAUGUCGAGGAUUAACAUCAAAUAGUGGUGAACGUUCAACACAAAAACCUCGCCCUAUGUUACCAAUUCAAUUAUCAACUCAAAUAAAUCCAACAACAAACAAUGAUCAUCACCAAAAAGGUAAAACAAGUGCAUCAAUAAGUUAUUCGAAACACUUUUAUCCCUCACGUUCAACAACAACAGUUGUAAAAGAUAUAAUAGGUGGUGGUGCGACACUUGUUUAUGACAGUCUGAUACCAGAUAAUACAUUGCAUACUCCUACUUCUUCUACUCCUACCGCUGCUUUGCUUCAAAAUGAUUAUUAUCCCAAUCAUCAUUAUCAACAACAACGCAAAGAGCAUGUGCGAAUUGAACAAACAAAACAGAGCUUAAAAACUAAUCUAAUUGAUAAAAAUAACACUAACGAAAAUCUCUUAACACUAACAGGAAGACAAUUACAAUCUAAUUCUCCUUAUAACACAAAACCAAUUAAUACUAAAACACAAACUCACAUUAAAUUAAUUAAUUAA